AGGGGAGGAUGAAGACAGAAGGACAGACACACAGAUGAGGCAGACACUGUCGUCGUCUGAAUGAAUCUCCUCCACCUGUUGCUUCACCUCACUGCAUCUUCAUCACUGCCAGGUGUGAAGGACGGACGUUUGUGGACCUGGAAGACAACGAGGGUGACACGCACACACACACUGGAACUAGGAAGAAGACACAGAGUGCGACACAGAGUGAGACACUGAUCGCUGUGCACGAUGCCAGCAGCUGGACUCAGGUUCUCGGACAUGGACGGGUUGGUGGAGAUGCAGGACGAGCGUGUGAACGCUGCCCGGAGCAGAGCCGGCAGCUGUGUGGAGUUCUCUUCACUCAAAAAGAUGAAGACUUUGGCUCAGAGACGACAGUCGGCGCCAUCACUGGUCAUCAGCAAAGCACUUACCAGAUCCAGAAGCACGUCCAGGGAAAGCUGCCUGACGCCAGUCAGCCCAGAGUCCAGUCCCCUGGUCCAGGCCUUCCUGGCCGAGGGUCCAGGCCGUCUGUUCCUGGGCCACGCCCAAGCGCAGCUGAAGACGGGCUUGCAGACGCAGGAGAGACACCUCUUCCUCUUCACAGACGCGCUGCUCAUCGCCAAGGCCAAGUCUCCGACUCAUUUUAAAGUGAAAGCCCAAGUGCGGGUGUGUGAGAUGUGGAUGGCCAACUGUUUGGAAGAGGUGUGUGAAGGUAGCACCAUCGCAGAGAGGAGCUUCGUCAUGGGCUGGCCCACCUGCAACUGUGUCGCCACCUUCAGCUCCGAGGAGCUUAAGGACAAAUGGCUGACACUCAUCAAAAGUCGGAUAAGUGAGGGGAAAGAGAAAGAUGACCCCAAGACCAUUCCACUCAAGAUAUUCGCCAAAGAUAUCGGGAACUGUGCAUAUGCCAAGACGCUCGCGGUCAGCAACACUGACAGCACCACUGAUGUCAUCCGCAUGGCUCUGCUGCAGUUUGGCAUAGCAGGUUGUGUUAAAGACCACCGGUUGUGGGUGAGCUCCAGUAAGGACGACCCUCCAUACCCGCUAAUCGGCCACGAGUUUCCUUUUAGCAUCAAGAUGAGCCACAUUCGGGAUGGUGGGAGCAGCAGUGGAGGACCAGGAGGAGGAGGAGGAGGAGGAGGGGGACGGGAUCCAACCAGUCCCUGCACAGACUGUCCAGAAGUCCUGCUACUGGACCAGUGUCUCCCUCCUGACACCCAGUGCCAGUUCAUCCUCAAGCACAACAAAGUUGCACCAGGACAACUGAUAGAGCCCGGUCAGCCAAAGUCUUUCAAGAGGAAGCGUUCUCUGAUCAACUGGCCCUUCUGGAGAGGCUCCAGCCCACAGCUGGACGGCCUGCCCCUGUCCCCGACCCCGCUGUCCCCCACCCAGGGUCGUCUGUUCGGACGACCCCUCAGCUCCGUCUGCUCUCCGGACCACGGCCUGCCCAAACCUGUCAUGGACAUGCUGGUCUUCCUGUAUCUGGAGGGUCCGUACACCAAAGGCGUCUUCAGGCGCUCGGCCGGGGCCAAAGCCUGCCGGGAACUACGAGACAGACUGGACAGUGGGACUGAAGACCCGGAGAUCUCACACCAGUCUGUGUUCAUCAUCGCUGCCGUCCUCAAGGAUUUCCUGCGAAAUAUCCCCAGCAGUUUGUUGAGUGUGGAUCUGUACGAGCAGUGGAUGGACGUGAUGGAGGAGGACAGAGGGGACGAGAGGACGCCCACUGUCCAGAGGUUGCUCCGCCUCCUUCCCGCCGAGAACCUGCUCCUGCUGCGGCACGUCGUCGCCAUCCUGCACCGUAUCCAAGGCAACGCCCUCGACAACCAGAUGAACGCCUUCAAUCUGUCCGUCUGCAUCGCUCCCAGCAUGCUCUGGGCUCCGGCGCCGAGCACCCCCGAGAUGGAGGGGGAGGGGACGAAAAAGGUGUGUGAGCUGGUCCACUUCCUCAUCGAGAACUGCAGCAGCGUCCUGGGAGAAGAUAUCACCACGCUGUUCAGGAGCUUCAGCCAGAAGAGCAGCAGCAGUGACCACGGAUCAGACGCGUCGUCCUUCCAGAUGAACGACUCGUCCUACGACAGCCUGGAGAACGAGCUCAACGACGAGCCCGAGUCUCCCUGUCAGGAGCAGCUGCCGCUCCGCGACAAGGACAAGCCCGACAGCCGCAGCCGCGACUCCGUCAUCACGCUCAGCGACUGCGACCCCGACCCAGACGCGGAGGCCGACCUCCUGCUGCAGCUCCCCCCGCUGGCCAGACCGCGGAGGUUCAGCCCCGCAGUGCGACAGCAGCGCACGCGGCAGGCUAACGGCACGUCGCAGGGCUCCAGGAGGCUGAGGAGGAGUUCGGAACCCGCCUUGGCUCUAGAGACCACGCCUCCGUCAGGCACCCUGGUGGUUCAUGCUGACAAUCUCUGCCUGCCGCAGAGGAAGGCGAGCUACGACGCCGCCAUGGUGGGAGAGCGGGUGGAGGGGGAGGACGAGGUGUUUCUGGAGCAGAGGCUGAACGGACUCCAGCUGAAGCAGGAGGGCGAGGACGGGCGUGAGAAGGGAGGAGCUAAAGUCCAGAAUGGCGGGUGGAGGAAAGUGAAGCAUGCGCCGCCGCCUCCGUUAAGACUGGACGCCAGCUGCUCCAGUCUGUCCUCACCUGCGACCUCACCCACAGGCUCCUCCCUCAGCUCUUUAGACUCCGCCUUCUCACAGUAUUCAACAGACUACACCACCAACGGUGCGACUGUGUCGAGCGAGCCUCCACCGCUCUCGCCACUCUUUCCCGUGCGGCCACAGCUGUCGCCCAGAGGUUCACCCCCUCGGGGUGGGGAAGCCACGCCUUUGAUUCCGCAGCCCGCCCGGGCGGUCACCAGCGCCCCCCACCCCCACGGCCUCCAUCCUAACAUGUGGCUCAAGAGGGACCGCCGUCUGUCACUGAAGCAGUCCGAUAACGGACACACGGACGAGGACUUACCCGCGGUAAACGGGAAAAACAGCCCGGCGUGUAACGGCCACCAGAAGGCAGCGGCGACGGCGGUGACUCAGCGUAGAUCCAGCAGUCCUCCGUCCUACCAGCAGGCGCUGCUGCAGCUGCAACGCAGCCGCUCGCCGUUCUACAAGGGGACAGAGAAACCUCUGACGGUCAGAGAGCUGAGGCAGCUUCACGAUCAAACCUGUACCUUCAGACCUCCGACAACCCCAAACCAGACUCCUAAUAAUCCUAAUCCACACACAGGAAGUGAGGUCACACAGAGGGCGGCUGGGAACGAGCGCGUGCAGCCGCCACAGGGGGUCUUCUACGGACAGAGCAACACAACUCUGGUCCUCCAGAGGCAAAAGUCCGACUCGCUAACUCCGACCGUGACGGAUCAGAGAGGGCGGACCCUUCCUCUCCCUCGCCGAGCGUCUGAACCCGCCAAGUCGUCCACAAACCCCGGCUCCUCCUCCUCUUCUAUGACCUUGAACAGACCUCGGACUCUCAAGGGUCAGACCCAAGAUAGCGGACUCAGGGUGUCGGACGUGGAGCCCGGCCACGUGGAGCCGCGCUUCUGCUUGUCUCCCUCCGCCACGCGGACUGUCAGGGACUACUUUUCGCCACAGGAGCAGGAGGACGCCGACGUGUGCCUGCGGAGGAGCCAGGAGGUGGCGCUGGCGAUCGUGCAGGGCAAGAGGGAGUGGCAGAGCAAGCGCUGCAGCGACCCGCGCGUCGACGACUUUGAGCAGCUGUUUUUCGCGGAAGAGUCGUACGUGUAAAUAAUUGCACAGAUAACUAAUGUUUUGAUGUUUUUUUUUACCAGUUUUGUCAUAAAUUAUGUGAUUAUAUUCGUCCACUUACACAAUCUUCCCCUCUGGCAGCAGCAGAAUUUGAAGUUUGAACAAGUUUGAACAUUAAUCUUCUUUGACAAUAAGUUUCUUUGAAUUUUUGUGGCUGAAAUCUAAAAAAAAAAACAAGAUUUAUUGAGUAUUGAAGUCGGAUUUUGUGACACAGAUUUGGUUUGCGAUAUGUAAUUUACCUGAUAGACGUACAUGGUUAUUGUCAUUUGCAGAAUUGUUCGAACUCCCGUUCAAUAUUUACAACGUCUUAGAUCCACAAUUAAAAUAUUGGCUAAUGCAAGGGUUUCCAUUGUUUCAAAUUGUGAUUUAGUGCUAGCCAGCGUCACGGAUUGUCAAAAACCCAAAAAACUGAAUUUCUGACUUCAGUUUUUAACUAAAUUUAGCUAAAUUUAAAGUUAAAUUCUGACAUAAAUGCACAGAUACACACAUUUCCUUUACCAAUUUAUAUGCAAACAGAAGCAAAGACAUACACAGACAGGUGUAACACAUGUUUAUAACUUAUUAUAUAAGCUUUUAACUUUAAUGUUUAAAACAACACCUGUGAUGUUUGGACGAGGAAACAACGAGAUUCCCUCCACUGAACACAGCGUACAUCGUGUACCUUUAAGACAAUAAUACACAAUAAUGGGGAAUUUGACAUUUUAACAUAAUUGUACCUUCUGUUUUUUGGUGACCAAUAAUUACAUACAUGUGUUUCAGUGAUCUAAGUGAAUCAGUCCAGUCUGUAUUUAUUUGUACGAGUCAAGUUUCCAAACGCACAGUUUCUUGUUUUCUUUUUUGGUUAGUUUUUAAACUGUGUGUGUGUGUGUGU